CCAUACCUGUUCCUGUUUGAUCACCUUUUCGAUUUAUGGCUAUAAGCUGUGAAUUGACAACUCGGGGCCUCAAUUCUCGUCUUGUGCUCUCGAAGCAGCAAUAUUGCCUACAAGGCAUGCGUUGAUUCGAAUGAGGCCUCGCGCGCCAUCACUGAGCCAUGUACUGGCCCGUUGGAGCUCCCCGGAUAUACGCCGCUUCCAAUAGCUCCACCUCGAAAGGCCGCAUCCAUCACUCCAAUGAUGAUGUAGAGCCUCCCAAUGCUCCCCAGAGCACCUCAUAUCUCAAUGCCUCAAGCGCAGCUUCAGACAAUGCCCAAGAUGGUGACGAGUUACUCUCUGGGCAUCUGACUCCAACCACUCCUCGCACCCCCGCUAUUCAACCCGUGGAACACGAUGCUCAACGCGGGCCACCAGCCACGUCUCUUGACGAUUUGGAAGACGGACACAAUGAUUCGAUUCGAGAAGCAGGGAGGCAGCCCAUAUUGGGACUUCAAAUGUCUAGGACAGGGCACCUGUUUGCAGUUAUUACAGCAACUUCGAUGACAAUAUGGCAAACAAAGCCAACAGCAAUACUGGCGGUUGUUGUACGUUCGCCUGGUUCCCUCGAAACUUAUGGACCGAAUGUCUCUCUCCUCAUACGCCCCGACUCGGCCAUAUUCGUCGUUCAAACUACCCUAGGUUACCUUAUCACCUAUUCAUUGGCAACCGACCCAGAUACUCGCGCUUAUAGGCCGCAUUUCCCCGAAAAUUCCAGUGUGAACACCAGAAGACAAAGCAACUUUACUGGCGCUAGAAACCAAAGCGAUAGAAUACUAUGGGGCCCUGGCGAGGGUGGCGGAGUGCGUGAAGUCAGUGUUCGAUUUCGGAUGGUGAUUAAGGUUGAUGCGGGCAUUGAGAGAGCUUUGGCGCUCGACGAAGAACUGGUUGUUGCAACCACCAAGCCACCUGCAGUGCAGUGUAUAAGAUGGGCUCCGGAUAGCACUGGUAACCAAACCAGUACCGAGCUUCUGAGCAAGAUGGCAUGGCUGCCCAAAAAAGUCACCGUUUUGGACAUGAUUUAUGAUCGCCCGAUGAAUUUGUCGGCAUGGAUAACCAGUGACGGUAAGGCCUUUGCUGUGCAACGACUAGUCGAAUCGAGGGAAGCCAUGAAAGCAGAACCACAAGACACAGGCAACACAGCAAAGAAGUCUACCAGCACAAGCAAGCUCUUUAAGGGAUAUUGCUUCCACGAUCCAAAGAGCGAAACGACUCAUGCCACGAAGGUGGCUAUAAAUGCCCGAUUUUCUUUAAUUGCUGUUGCACGUGCGGACUGCAGAAUUGAUGUCUACGCAGCAAAAGAUUACGCUGGAAACAUACCCUUAUCUCACACUCAAAGAACUUCAGUGUCAAGUGCUACUUCAGGGAAGAUAACUUUCUUGGCAUACUCUCCUGAUGGAUAUUGCCUCUUCGCCGGCUUUGAAGAAGGCUGGGCAUCCUGGAGUGUGUUCGGUAAACCUCAAAGCACAAGCUUCGCUGCCAACCUAGGGGCCGCCAAAAACGGCGAUGAGGGAUGGCUCUAUGGAGUAAGCAAAGGGACAUGGCUCCCUGGCGGCUCCGAGAUACUUCUCGUUGGGCCCAACGAUGAUAGACUUUGGAUCUUGGAAAUGUCACGCAGUUCGAUUACUGGGUGUUUUACUGCAUCGAACAUAUCACGAACAAUGCUUCAGACUAGGGACUCGAUAAUGGUGUACCGAGGUUAUGAUUUACCUGAUCUUACUACGAUAUCCGCAGAGUCAUCUUUGUGGCACCAUGCCCAGAUUCCUACGAACUAUCUCACUGAUCAAUGGCCAAUCAGGUGCUCGGUGAUAUCUCUCGACGGGAGAUAUGUGGCAGUCGCUGGUCGACGAGGUCUCGCGCACUAUAGCAUAUCCAGUGGCCGAUGGAAAACAUUUGACGACGGGAACGAGGAAAAUAGUUUUGUGGUUCGCGGGGGUAUGUGCUGGUAUCAGCAUAUCCUCGUUGCAGCCGUCGAGGCCGGUGAUUCUUACGAGGUUAGACUAUACCCUCGAGAUGCACCUCUUGGAAACUCGUCUGUGAAACACGCAGUCCGCCUACCAGCGCCAAUUGUACUCGUGUCUCCUUCCGGGGAGGAUUCAUUGCUUGUCUACACAUAUGACAACUUACUCUACCACUAUAUUUUUACACCCAUUGAUGGGAAGAUCAAACUUGUCCAGGUUGGCCAAAUUGCUUUCCAUGGAAUUGUCAGAUCGCCAGCUCGGGUCAGGGGACUCAGUUGGAUCUUGCCUGACAAACAAAUGAACGAAGGGGACCCAGCUCAAGAUGUGGCAACUGCUACUGUGGUGUUUCUAGUGGAUGGGAAGUUGGUACUUCUACAACCAUCAUUUAACGAAGAAGUGCAAUUAAAAUAUGAUAUGCGAGUUAUCGCUCAUAAUAUCGAGUAUUUUGCUCUUACGAGAGAUUUGCCCGACGAGAAAUCUCAGGGUGUGGCAACAUCAGGGUCUUCAAAUACAGGUACAUCUAUGAAUGGUUUCGAGGCUCAAGGCCUGAAGGAUUCUCUAUGGAUGUUUGAUGGACAAGAAAUGAACGCAUGGCCUGAUGUCCAAGACGUGUUACGGUCGGCGCCUUCUGAUUUGGCCCGAGAACUCCCAUCAACUGUUCACUUUGCCACAGAUUUUUACCCCUUGUCUAUCUCACUAAACAAGGGGAUAUUAAUAGGCGUUGAGCCCGAGUUGGUGCAACGUAGAGACAUCAACUUCGCCUUCUUCCGUUUUGCAAUAAGGACACAUUUAUUCAUACCUCCAGUGCUCAAAUUCCACUUAUCUCGCUAUGAUUCGACGGCGGCGCUUCACCUCGCCCAUCAGUAUCGACAUCUUGAAUAUUUCCCUCACGCCUUGGAAGUUUUGCUACACGAUGUACUGGAUGAUGAAGUCGAUAAUCCGCCCCGCCCUGAUCAAGCGCUACUACCUGGUGUGGUUUCAUUCCUGUCCUCUUUCCCACAAUAUUUAGAUAUUAUUGUGCAGUGCACGAGGAAGACAGAAGUGCGAUCCUGGCGAACACUGUUUGCAUACCUACCGCCUCCCGCAACCCUUUUCGAAGAGUCUUUGCAGCAGGGAUCUUUGAAGACAGCAGGAGGAUAUCUGCUAGUCUUACAUACCUUCGAGGAGCUGUCCUCAAGCUCCGAGCAGCUUGUUCGAUUACUUGGCAGAGCCAGAGACGAAGGUGACUGGGAGUUGUGCAAGGAGCUGGCACGCUUCCUAACAGCCUUGGAUGAAAGCGGUGCGACUUUGAGGGAGGCACUGGAGCUGGUUGAUAUGCGGAGCCCCACGACGGAUGUUGAGCGCGUGGGCUCCCUUUUAAAAGGCACGACCCUGAAACCGCCACGGCGAUCGGGUAGGCAUAGUUUGCCGACAGGCUUAGGGAUACACGAUGGUUCGGACCGAUCUGGCAGUGGUACUGUAAGUCCGGGACAACUGUCGAAUAAUAGUAGUGAUGGAGGGUUACGCCAAGACCCGAGCAGGCCAGACUACUACUCAUUUCCAUAGUUUUUGUUUGUAUAUAGAAUAGACUAUGUAUUGGGAGCAUAGUAUGAUCGAGGGAUUCGACAAUAUAAAAUAAUGACCUUACCC